CAGACACACCUGGGGCUGACCAGCUGCCCCAGGACCAGAUCCAGUCGAGCCAAGAGAUACAGCAACAUGAUGAUGCUGAAAACGGGGAGCCUGUUCCUGAUCCUUUACGGGUUGUGCCAGAUUCCGCUGGCACAAGGACAGACCCCGAGGAAGGAUGAGACCACGGAGAUAACACAGACCUGGAAGAGCCAGGAAUCAGGGGCUGGUACUGAAGGAAGCCAGAGAGGAACACAGGACAAACCGGCGCCAAAUCAUUCAGGACUAGUUAACAAGAAAGGGAAAAUAGUCUUAUAUGCUCAGAUACCACCGCAGAACCAAGUUAAUUUGUUUAUAUUUACUGUUAUGUCAGGUUACCCACCGUUAUGUACAUUAACCUUUCGCCAGAAUUUUGAACAUGCGCAUAUGAAAGAUCAGUGUGAAGUACAUAUCCAACCUCACCCAAUGAAAUGGUGUUUAACAGUAACGUCAGGAAAAACAUGGGAUUAUAACAGAAAAUAUACAUUAAAUAUGAGAGAAUAUAUGCUUAUUAAAGCAGUGACAGACAGAACAUUCAAUUUUACAUUAGAAGCAGAAGACCCUUGUGUAAUCAAAAAUCAACCGGGUAAGGUAGUUGAGAUUGAUCAAAGCAAUCCACUAAAAUCUUCUGAUAAUGACAAAGUAAAUGUAACCACAGCCAUCGAUAAAGUAGAACAACCUCUGGUUAGAGAUAAUGGGAUAAAUUCGUUGGUAACCACUAAGAGAUUAAAUUCAACUCUAGAUGCAAGUAAGUCUAAUGAAACUUAUAUUAGAGAGGAUACAACAAUAUUAGCAACCACAAAUGUAACUUCUAUUGGAGAAGCAACCACUAACGUAACUCCAAUUAGAGAAAUAUCAACAGUCAUGAGUGAUCUAAUAGAAAAACUAACAACGAAUGGUACAGCAGCGACUGCUCAGGGUAAAAUAAAACUAAAUGGUACAGCAGCGACUGCUCAGGGUGAAAUAAUACAGACAACAGUACUAGCAAAAGUAGAGAUGGCCCUCAUGGUGACUGGCAUAGAGGAGUCGAGUGAAUGGGAGAGGAUGCUCUAUGGGGAGAAAGAUUGGAGUGAAACUAGAGAGGAGACCGGAAUGUGAGAAUCGGACAUCAGAAGGAGGUCCUAUUUUCUUAACUGGUGACCUCUCUAUGUGAACCACAACCAUUGCAGAACAGUGUGAACAAAUGGACAUUAGACUAAUGGGUUCCAGGGCGUGGUGGUUGCGAACAGCAGCAACUACAAUGCCCAAACCCCCCACGUUAUAUAGUAUACCGGUACAUGACGAUAAUCAGAGCUAUCCAAAUCUAUGCAAGCUUGUUGACAAUCUUAGUUUUUAAUUUAUAUUAUUUACUUAUUUUUUGAAAUGUCAUUUUUUGAGUUUCAUAUUUUUAUGUCAUAUAUUCUGAAAUGCUAAUUUUCAAUGCAUGCUGAAAAUACUAUGUUAUGUGUGAAUUCUAGUUAGACAUUUGAUAGAUCUUUUUGCCUUAAAAACAGGUUGAAAUUCCUGAGAAUUAUGCAGGUUGAGAUCCCUGAACAUGCUUAAAGGUUUUUAACGAUGAUCAAAUGUAGUGCAAAAAAUCUGACCUAAACGACUGUUAUGUUUUUGUUGUGAUCUUAGCAGUCACAAAAGGGGGAUGUGUGGUAGAAAUUAAUGAUUAUAUUCUAUGGUAAACUAUGAUUAUUAUUAGGCCUAUAUAUCUAAUGGUAGAAAACAUGUAAAGCGUCUUGGAUUUUGAUCCAGGGCUGGUCACGAGGCCGGGGAGUCUUGGGUCAGAGCAGGGGGUUGGGGCGCAAACCCCCAGGAGCAGGAAGCUACUGACACAAUGCAUGCUGACUCCACUUCCUGGGCCCCAGACUGUCACGGGGACCAUCUGUUUAGAAGUAUUUGUGUUUGAUUAUGUGUGGACACCUAAAAAACAAGAAACUGCUGAGGACUGUGCUAUUGUGUGUUUAAGAAGAGGCUUGAAUCUGUUGACGAGCAGUGACUCUUGAGACCUACUCGGCUGUUAUCGGUGUUGUUUUUCUUCACGAUAAAGUCUUUUGUCAAUUCUU